ACGCACAUGAGGAGAUGUGCUCCAUGCAAGAUGAUGUAUUUGAAUCCCCACCGCUCUCUGCUACUUACUACCGUGGGCUUCCCUUACAAGAAGAUAGCAAGUCACCAGAAGUUGACCAACCUUUCCAGCAUGUAGGACCUGUUGCCCUCAAAAGCCUCCAACAAAAAGCUUCUGCUCCUAAGAGGGGCACUCGGAUUGCUUCCAGGGUGAAGCACUUUGCCUUUGACCGCAAGAAGCGCUACUAUGGGCUGGGAGUGGUGGGCAACUGGCUGAACAGAACGUAUCGUCGGAGCAUCAGCAGUGUGGUACGGUCACAGCUGGAGAUCACAGACAGCCACAG